AUUGUUUUGGUAUGGUAAAUGGUGGAUUUCAUAACUUCAUUUCGAUUUUUGUGUAUUUUUUCUCAUUUCUAUAAUUAAAAUGAGCGUGUCACGCCUAAAUUCUUCGUUCAAUUCUUCGACGACAUCUGAGUUGAGUGAAUUAAAGACUGUGGUAGGUGAAGAGGUGUUAAAAGUAAGAGAUUACGUGAAGAAUUUGUUAAGAUCUCGUAUUUUCUUGGGACGUUACCUUGAAAGGAGACUUGCUGACGAGCGUGUCGGUUACCGGGAUAUUGUAAAACUCAGCCCAGCGGAAGUAGAAUUAAAAAGGGAUUUAUUGGAAGCACAAUAUAAGCUACAGAAAAUAUGCCCAAAAGGGCAGUGGAUCGGCAUUUCUGACUCUGAAGCUAUAGGGCAUUCAACAGGCAUAUGUAUCUGGACAGAAAUCGACAACCAGCCGUUCGGACUGUUUUGGUUUCAAAUUAAAAGUGUUAAAUACCUAGAUUAUGAAGUUAUUAUCACAUUGAAAUGCAUAAGGCACAUAACUGACGCCUUCUUGGAAGCGGAGCCCAUAUUGUUGGGAUGUGUUGAAAAACCUAUUGAAGCGAAACUCAAUGAAACUGCAAAUGAAAUAGUUUUUUGUUUAAAAAAUGCCUUUACACUAAACAGUAUAAAAGAGUUCAUAACAUUCAUUUUUGCCUUUAUCAUAGCUAUAUUUACAGGAAGUAAUGCAUUUGUUCAAUUCCUAGGUAACUUUGUAUUAGCUUUAGUUCGAGAAUUGUCAAAUCUGAUUACAAAAUCUACUCCUCUCAUUUUGGGGUGCUUAGAUUUCUUUAGUAAGAUUGUUGGGGGUUUUUAUAUUUUGAUUGCAAUGAUAUUCAGGCCUAGUAACCCUAAUCCAUUGAAGAAGCGAACAAUUGGUUAUGAUAGGCCUCAACAAAGGUAUGAUGAUAGAAAUUUUGACUGAAUUUAUUUGUUACUGCAAGAAAUCAGUUUAUAUUAUGGCAUUCUUAUAUCUUCAAAUCUGGG